UGGUAAAGUUUAAGGUAAAGAAAGACUUGAUCAGAUGAUUUUUCUGGUGUGUUGUCUACAGGUGAUCGAGCAAAUGAGGAAGUGGUAACAAUUUAUGCGAAAGAUUCGUUGAGGCUUAGAUGCAUUAAGAGGAACCCAAAGACUGAAGUGGGUUACAGCGAGAUGCCACAUAUUGGCUUAGUUUCAGAUCGAUGUUUCAAAUGAGCGUUUGCAACAUAUAUGAUUGUGUGCAUAGUAGAGUUUCAGAUCCUCGCCUGUUCGUUUUCGAACCUUUCGACAUUAUCAUCGUCUCAUAACUUGAUGUCUAUUGAGCCGAAUUUGUGACUCACCACGUGGCAAAUAGGACUUUCAGAUAGAAAAAAAAAUUGUUUUUUGAAAGUAUGCCAUGUACCUCUAUUUUAAAAGUAUAAUUGUCGAAUGUACCAUAGUUGUCAUUGUUUUUCAUAGCAUUCCAUCGACUCUUCAAGACUUUUUUGUUGCUCCUAACGAAGACUUUUUAAGUUUGAUUCGUACUUCAACACAUUUUGUAGUUUGGUGUCGUGGUCAAAAGUCGGAAGAAACGCAAGCAUUCAGUUUUGUUAUUAGUACUACUGUUUCGACAUGGUGCAAAAGUUAAAUCCUACUGUGUCUGCUCAGUCUUGCGUUCUAUCUUCUGGUUGUCAUCAGAUCUUACUACAUGAUGACUCAAGCAAGAUGUCCUAUUUUGUCUCAUCUUGCAAGAAAAUCAGUAGUCGACAUCCUUGCAGUCAUUAUAAACCAAAAAAUCCUUUUCAAGGCGAAAUAACAGCAAUGAUAGAAGUGAGUCGUACCGGGUAACAAAAAAUGAUCAAAUUAGUUUAAUCUUCAAUGGUUGGCGCACGAGAUUAAGCCCUGAGGCUCUUCAAGAUGACGAUCUUGGAAAAAUUAAAUACCAUAACCUCAAAUUCCGCGCUAAUCAUUCGAUCUAUUCUUUGCCUCGUUAGACUCUCCAACCUUCGAUGCAGGAUUUUAG